AUGUCCGCGACCAAACUACCGCACGAACCACUCGCGCACUUCCUCCAGCGCCUGCCCCCCGCCUCAGCCCCCUACACCACCCCGCGCCACCUCCUGCCCCGGUGGUACUGGAUCGCCAACCCACACGCCACGGACUCCCCCCAGGCGGCCGACAGCACGGGUGGCGAUGUCGCGGCCUUCGCAAGUGCGGGCGCCGCGCUGCUGGCCGAGUUCCGGCAGGCGGCGGCGCUGCAGAGCAAUGUGGGGAGGGUGGAUGGGUUUAGGGAGGUGCUGGCGCGUGAGAUUGGGGUGUUGGCGAAGAGGUAUGGUGUUGCUGUGGGGAAGUGGAUGUUGUUCCCUCGGGAGAGUGAGGUGAAUGAGGUGUGGCGGGCGGUGUGUGAGGGCGUGGAUGCUGGCCGGCUUGGGGUUGGCGCCAAGGUGUCGACGUCGGGGCUGGAGGGGGACCCGGCGCGGUUGAUAUGUGUGUAUACCAGGGACUUUACUGAUGUUGCGGAUGUGAGGAGGGUGUUGGAUGCGCUGGUGGCGUUGGGGCUCGUGAGAGCGGACAUGCCGCAGGGGAUCAUGUACAAGUGUGAUGCGUAUACGCAUCUGGGGAUCUAUGAGGGUAAUGAGUAUGGGCUACGGGCGAGCAUGUAUGGAAGCAGGGAGAUGCUGGCUGGGGGUUGGGGAGGUGGUCUGGGGAAGUGA